AUGGGCGCCGCGCUCGUGCGAGUGCGGGACUAUGUCUUCUUCGAGCGGAACCCGCUCGUGCAGAUCAUUUACUUCGUGGCCAUGGGCUCGUGCUAUUUCCUGUACCUGCGCGAGGCUCACCCGCUCAUGCCGAACGACUACGUCGCCUGGUACCACAAGUGGCUGCCGAGCGUGCUGUUCGUGGCGGCGGUCGCGCUGUACCUCGUCAUGUGCACGAGCGACCCGGGCGUGAUCCGGCGCGACAACAUCCACGAGUUCACGCAGUACGCGAACCACCCGGUGAUGUUUCCCGAGGGGAAGUACUGCCGCACAUGCAAGACGCUGAAGUUGCCGCGCUCCAAGCAUUGCCGCAUGUGCAACCACUGCGUUGGGAGAUUCGAUCACCACUUACACCUUGUGCGAUGUGAAGUUUGGUUCAAUGGAUGUGUUGGAGAGAAGAACUACAAGUAUUUCCUCGCGUAUCUGCUGGUUCAGCUGGCUGCUUCCGUUGAAGGCUUUAUUGUCACAAGCGGAGCAUUCCUUGUCCAGGUACAACCAUUGCCACUCAAACAAACAAGAUGGUUCGCUGACAACAUUUUCCAUGAUCGCGGCUUGACCAUCAAUGACAUCGACCGAACAGAGGUGGCUAAGAUCAUGCAGUCACUGAUCGCGAACAACCAAGCUCUGGGUUUUGUCACUGCCAUGUGCCUCAUGACGAGUAUUAUCGUGUGGGUCUUCAUGCUGAUGCAACUGAAGCGCAUCGCUCAGAAUGAGACAGCGAACGAGUCGUUCAAGCGCGAAGACCUGCGCGAGGAAGCCGAGAUGGACGGCGAGACGUCAGGUCGACGGAUGUUCCGCUUUCUCUUCAAGCGGCUGCAAUUCAGAAAGCGACCGAAGCUGAGCGUGCCGCGUCGUGAGCAAAAGAGGACGUUGGAUGCGUCCUGGGGCGGACUGUUCUCUCCAGACUCCAUCAUGAACACUGAGGAGUCUUUCUCCGUCGAAGACGUCGACUACAACCCGUACAAGCUCGGUUCGUUCAAGGAGAACCUGCUCGACGCGUUGCACCUCCGUCGCAACGGUGAAAACAAACAGAAAACAAACUGA